UUAAUUGGGCUUAAAGAGAAGUCCAAAAGGCUCGUUAGGCCUGUCAUCGAGUUCUUAGAGCCGAAUUGCUUCAUCUCCCCUCCGCCGCCGCCUUACCAAGGUCGAAGCAAUUGGGGUUCAGGGGAAGCGAAAGCUGCGGAGGAAGGGCGACAAGGCGAGAUCGGUGACAUGUCGAGCACCGUGGACGCAGCGGGGGAGCCGAUCCCGACGUCGGCCGUCCUCAUGGCGGCCGCCAAGCACAUCUCCCAGCGCUGCCGGGCGGAGAACGUGGCCUUCAUCAAGUGCAAGAAGAAGGACGCGAACCCGGAGAAGUGCCUCGAUAAGGGCCGCCAGGUCACUAGUUGCGUGCUAAACCUGCUGAAAGAACUCCACCAGAAGUGCCCUAAAGAGAUGGAUGCUUAUGCAGGCUGCAUGAAUUACUACACCAAUGAGUUCGAUUUGUGUAGGAAAGAGCAGGAAGCAUUCGAGAAGGCAAGCCUGUUGUCCAAGUAGUCCUGGGAGACUGCGUCCUAUGAUCUUCAAAUAAUUCAAGAGAAAACCAAUCUUUGGUUUCCUCCAUUUUCUUUUGCCACAGGAGGAACUGUCUUUGGCAUCAUAAUAAUCCUUCACUGGGAAUGAUACCUUUAGUUCUUUCGGUGCCAUCCAUGCUGGAUUUUGUUUCUUCAAUUACUUUCUAUUUGAACGGUGUUGCUUGAGAUAUUGAGGUGUUAGCUGGAAAAACAAACUCUCGUGACUGUGUUUCCUUGAUUGAUUCAUCAUGUAGCUCUAAGCUUUUUUA